AUGAUUGUAAGCGAUUCCAAAAUUAAUAAUUCCCUUGGAGAAAAAAGUCCAAAGGUAGAAAUAGAACUUGAGAGCUCUUCUUCUGAGAUAAAAGGUGGCUUGAAUCGUGAUUUGGAACAAGGAAUAUUAAGUAAUAAAUGUGAACACUCAAAUGAUAUUACAAAAAAAUGCAGCAAAAGUGAUAGCCCAAAGAAAAACAAAAUAUUUAGCAAAAUUAAACUAUCCAACAACAGUAACAUCUUUCUAACGUUAUAUGCGAUUGUAGGUUAUUUUUUCACAUCGAUUGCAAUUAUAUACUAUAACCAUUGGCUCUUUGAUAAAGUAGCACCUUAUCCUGUAUUUGCAACGUGGGUUCAACAAAUUGUGGGAGUAUUCUGUUUUGGAAUCUUAUCGCUCUCCAGAAGAACUCCAAAUAUGUCAAAAGUGAAUAAAAAUUCUUCCGGAGAAGCUUCAAGAGAUAAUACAAAUGCAAGAACAGAAAAUGAAACAACGCAGGCGAAUGUAGUAAGCACAAACUGCACUUCCAAUGAAAACAUAUCUGCGAAAGAACUCGAAGCAGGUUCGAAUGGAAGUAUUCCUAUCGAAAUUUCGUUCCAAGAAAAUUCCUUAAUAGAAGAAACCUCACUACCAGAGAACUCUGCAACGAACGCCCCACAGAAUAUAGAAGUUGAAGAAAACGUGGGUGAUGAGAAAAAGAAACAAAAAGAAAGCUGUCCACAAUUCAGUGCUGAAAUGAAGAAGUUACUGAAGAUACUACCUAUGUCAAUAUGUUUCGUUGGGCUUGUUGCGUUUGGAAACAUUUGUUUAAAAUAUGUGCAAGUUUCAACUUAUCAGCUCGCAAGAUCAGGCUCAUUAAUUUUCACUGUUAUUGUAUCUUAUUUCAUGCUUGGCCAAAAACAAACUUGGCAAUCUAUUCUUGCAUGUAUAGUAGUUUGUGCUGGUUUCCUAAUUGGCUCCCUAGACAGAUCUACUCUUUCAGCGAUGGGGAUUAUUACUGGGUUAGCAUCAUCAUUUUGCCAAGUAUUUUAUAACGUUUUCAUGAAAAAAUGCAUGAACUACUUCAAUGGAGAUGCUGUACAACUGAUGAAAUAUAACCAAUGCAUUUCGACUAUUCUGUUAAUCCCGUGUAUAUUCCUUGCCCAAGAGAUGAAUUUGAUUUUGAAUUCUGCAGCAUUUGAUAUAGAUAAACCGGAAUUCUUUAGACUUUGGGUUUUGUUAAUAUUAUGUGGGCUUCUUUCAAUGCUUUUAAAUUACUUUACAUUUCUGGUUGUAGGAUAUACUUCGCCUGUUACAUUUAAUGUGCUAGGCAUGUUCAAGAGUUGUGCACAAACAGCAGGCGGGUUUAUAAUAUUCCAUGACCAUGCAAGCGUUCACACUAUUACAGGUAUUUGUUUAACCCUAGCUGGAUCAAUAUGGUACGGCUUCGCAAAGUCCUUAAAUUGCAACUUUGGAAGUAAAUCAAAAGUUCAGUCCGAGGUGAGUUCAGAAAAUGGCAUGGUUAUUUUCAAGUCCGAAUUUGAACAAAAGGUAUCCAUUCUUGCAAAAGAAUUGUCAGAAGUUGAGGAGCUUUGUUACAGUUCAGAUGUUAAUCAUGAGAACAAAAAAUGUAACUAUGAAGGUUUUGGAGAUCUGGAACAUAUUAAUUCUUAUUCUGGGACGGAAAUGAUGAUCAUUUCUUCAAAAAUCAGAAAAUGUGAAUGCCAAACAGACAAGGAGGGGUUAGAAAUUAAAUGUGAUUGUCAAAAUAGACAAAAAGAAGUUGACUCUGAUACAAAUAAAGAAAAUGGCUCAGAUGGAAAGAUUACAGGAUCCGUUUCUUUAAACAGUUGUAUUUCAAAUGGAAACAAAGAAAGCCAGUAUACUGGAAAUACAUUAGCAGACAAAACUUUGGAACAAAAAGAUUUAGAAAGAUUGUUUGAAAAAUUUGCAAACAUUUCUAGGGAGGAUUCCACUGAUAUAAGAAGCAGCAUGUCUAAAAUUUCUGUUUCAAUGCCUGCUAGCAUAUAUGCCUCGCCUUUGGCUGAAAGCAGGCAAAUUUCAGCUGAUAGAAUUUCAAACAAUAGGGGAGUCGAAACGUCAAAUGACAAUAUAUCUUUGGACGUUAGCAUAAUGGUUGAAUCUGAAAGAGAAGCCACAGUCCAGAAUGAUGACCAGAGGUCAUCUGGGCAAAACAAUGAGGAAAGUGACGAGGAAAAAUCAACAAUAACAACUGGAACUAAUAAGAAUAUACGAGCAGAAGUAUAA